CACAUUUUCCAAUAUUUGAUCUUGAUGCUGCCUUUUCAGCACGUUUUUAGUAGUUUCGUUUUCUACAAGCCACACCCUCCACCUCAAAUAGAAACUGAUACUUAACAACAACGUCACAUGACUUCUAACAUGUCAAGAUGGGCGCUAUAUUCAACAUACUUGAGCAGUUCAGACUGGAAUCUUAUUACAGCCAUUUUUUCUCAUUGGGCGUAAAGGAUGAAAGAGAUUUCUUGGAUGGCAUAACAGAUGAAGAUCUAAACCGCAUUGGUUUAAGUCAUGUCGAGAAGAAUCGUUUUUCAGCAAUGAAAAACUUCAUUCAGAGACUCAGAGCUCCAGAGCGCCAUGUUCAAGCAGUGACGCCUGUGCAGAAAUCACUGGAGCUGUUCUGUCUUCAGUACACAUACCCCAAAUGUCCUCAACCAAAACACAUCAAAGAUAUGGAUCCAGUACAAAACACGGUUGAGGACCUGAUGUUAAGGAUCGGUCAUCUUGAGAGUGUUGGCAAUUCCAACGGAGUCUGUCUCUACACUGUCGAUGGGAUGCCCCUAACAGAUGAUCCCUUCUUCAACACAUGGUCUUUGAAAGACAGACAUAUUGAAAGUGGAGCUGUCAUUUAUGCAAUCUUUACACCGAAGGAAAACCUGAAGCAGGCUCCUCAGAUACCAAAGCGAGAGGUUGGUGAAACCUAUGGAGACGACAUGGUUCGAUGCCACAUCAUGCUGAAGGGAGACUUUGAGGUGAUGGUGAACUUGGCAAGUGACACCAUGACCAGCCUGAGACUCAAGUUGGCAAAUGAAAGUGGAUUCCCAGCACAUGUCCUUUAUUACAAAGGUCAGCAUAGUGCUGGUGACACUCUGCAAAGUUGUGGAAUCUCUGAGGGGUCAACAGUUGCCUUUUCUUUGUCCACCUUCUCUGAUGAGACGCCACACGAUGAGACAUUCUUCAUUAAUGAUGUUGUGCCUUCAGUCCAGCAAACCCAGAAAGGCAUCAGUGUGUUCUUGUCUUCACUUUAUGCUGUUAAAGGUCAUUAUAAUAAUGAUCAACUGAAGAAACUGAUUUCCUACAUACGAAAACUGACUGGAUGUAACCCUCUCGGCCAAAGUUUGCAUCAGUUACUUUGCAGGAAUGAAAGAUUAACCAGGAACCAGAAGAUUGCAGUUGUUGAAGGCUUGUACCUGCUCUUCAGACAACUUUUGCCUCAACGUGGAAGUCAACGAGGGGAGAAACUCAUUGAGGACCUGGAUGUCUUUGAGAAUUCACUGUACUGCUGGGCACAUCUCCUGUCAGAAGCAAAGAAACAGGCAUCAGACUGUGAGAGCUAUGCACCAAUCACUCUUACGUCUGAGAAUGGCAGCCGUUUCUGUGAACCAGUCAGAGUGCCUGGAGUACCUGGUACCUUUGAGCGAGCAUACGUUCUCCAGAAAAUCAAAGAUGGAGAUAAAAUUCCAAACUGCACUGAAGAGAUUUUGCAAGAAACAUCGUUACAGAGAGCCAACGACAUUGAAAAGAUAUUGCUCAGUUUGCCUCCAUCCUUCAGAACAUAUCCUCUGUGGAUUCAUCGUGACAAGACGACUGGUCAAAAUUUCCAGAUAAAAAUGAAGAAGACUUUCGGAAACAUGGUGGAAGAAUUAAAAUCUCCCUCCAAUCAAUACCUCAAUGUGACCCCACCUCUACAUUUGAAGGAGUUAGGACAGUGUCAAGCACACCUUGUUCUUCUGAGUGAAGACAACCUUGGUGUCAGUUUGUGUAAAGAAAAAGGAUCCCCUGACAUGAUCCGCGUGCUUGAUUGUUUGGAUGGAAAAACUAAAACAGUGGAUGUGAAUCUAUUGGCAGCCAGGACUGGUGACCACAGAGAUGACCGAACAUUUGUCACAACCAGGCCUCCAAAAGAGGCUAUACUGGUGCUGAUAGAUACAAGCUCUUCCAUGGAAGAAGAGUGCUAUGUAGGUGCAGAAAUACAGAAGAUUAAUGCUGUGAAAGAGCUCUUUCACAACUUUGCAACAAGGAGCAUGGCUUAUGAUUUUCAUCAUGUCAUUGGCCUUGUUAAGUUUGACUCCAUGGUGAAAACUCUCCACACAUUUACUGAAAAUCUGGAAAAGUUCAAGGAACACGUACGUAAGCUUGAGCCGAGUGGAUGUACGCUGCUGUACGACGCCCUGCGACGUGGGGCAUCUGAGUUGGAAAAGGUCAAGACGAGGUUCCCAGAUUGUAGACUUCACAUCAUUUGUCUCACUGAUGGAAAUGAUUCUGGAUCCUCCAUAGAGCCAGUUCCCGUUACAGCCAAACUGCUUAAAUCUAACAUCAUUGUGGAUUCAAUCCUCCUUGGAAAUGUGGAGAACAACAUGUUGCAUGGAAUCAGCAAUGCAACUGGUGGUUGCUGUUUCAAACCACAGACAACCAAAGAGGGUCUCAGGCUGUUUGAGAUUGAGACAUUGCUGUCUUUGGAGCAGCGGAAACUCAAGGAUCAACUUGACCCGUCUUCCAUCAGUGAGAGUAUUUUGUCAAACAUCUUCGCUACUCAUGGGUAUGACGAAUGUCCAGAGACUUCCUUGCCAAGCCAGAUAAACAGCAAAGUGACAGUGACAGAGAGUGCUCUGAAAAAGAAGAUUCAGGAGUCAAAGAAGGGGUGGUUCCUGGAGAAGGACAAACGUAUCCUGGAGGAACUGAAGAGCCUACAUUGUGACCCGCAUCCCUUCUUUAGAGUCUUUCCAUCAGAGUCAGACUUCACAUUCUGGAGGAUUCUCAUGCAAGGCCCUCCUGACACACCAUAUGAGAAAGGAGUGUUCGAGCUCUACUGCCAGUUCGGCCCUGAUUACCCAGUGAAGCCUCCACUAGUCCGCUUUGUCACACAAGUGUACCACUGCAAUAUCAACACUGUGGGCCGCAUCUGUCACAACAUAUUUGACCGCAACUACAAUGCACACAUCACCAUGAGAGAGAUCCUAGAAGCUGUGUACGGACUGCUCAUCAUCCCUGAGCCUGACGAUCCACUGGACAGCAUUUUGGCUGAGGAAUUCCUGACGAGCCGUGACAUAUAUGAACGAGAAGCCAAGAAACAUACAGAGGAAACUGCAGGAAAGUCGAUGGAUGACAUGGAGAAAACAUUGGUGGAUCCUGAGCAACAAUUCAUUCCCCAACAUCUGAUCUGUCCACUCACCAAGAAGAUGUUUAUUGAUCCUGUGAAAACAGUGUACGGCACUGUGUACGAACGCAAAGCCAUUGAGGAACAUCUGAAACAACACGCGUAUGAGCCGUUGGCCGGCCCAGGGCACGAGCUGGAAAUGAAUGACAUCACAGCCGACCAGGACAUGAAGAAAAUGGUGAUGGAUCAUCGUUCUCGUCAAAUAAAGUGAAUCUGAGCAAAACAUUUGAAGCAAGUGCAAGUUAGAUAUGCCUCUGUACUCUCCCACAUAUUCAGCUUUUUGAAGUGAUCAGUAAAUGCUUGAUAAGCUUGUUCAUACUUUUACUUUCAUAUAAUACCUUUCAAAGUUUGUUUUCAUUAUCGUUCAUUCAGAAGGUAAUUAUUUGAAUUAUGUAAUGAUCAUAAUAUAGCCUAUACAUUUUGUUGUUGCUUUUACUGAAUAAACAAAGGAGGGUUUGGUUACGUGUCUUUUUUCCCUGAGACAGCUUCUACUUGACAGUAAAUAGUUUUCUCUGUUAAGACACUUGUGGUUGGAGUUAAUUGUAUUUAAAUGUUUGUUUCUUUUCAUGCUGUCAUAUUUUGACCAUUUUCUAACUCAAAUGAUGAAUGUAUAACUUUUAAGGUAAUUUAGAUCGUUGUGACGACAAUAAUAAAGGGAAUUCUAAGCACCCA